UUAAGAGUCCUUGCUACAGGGAAGCCCUCACAGGGACCCAAGCCUCAGGCUCUUGAGCUAAGCAACACAGGAACCUUUUGUACURGAAGAAGCCCACCAAGAGAACUUGGCCUUUCUACCUGAGAAUGACUGAUGUGUGGAGAUUGGCCAUAUCUGUUCUCCUGGUGAAUGUCUUCAAUGAUCAGGUCGACUGCUAUGGACCUCCAGGACCUCGGGGAUAUCCAGGGGUUCCUGGAUUGAUGGGGCCCCCUGGUUUCCAAGGUCYCCCAGGCAUUGUGGGUAUACCAGGACACCCAGGACCAAAAGGGAACAAUGUAAAGUGCCGCUGCAGAGAGAGGUCAGCCUUCACUGUAAAGCUCAGUGGAAGGCUCCCGCCACCUUCCAAGCCUGUCGUCUUCACAGAGGUCCUGUACAAUGCUCAAAUGGACUUGAACGAGAUGUCGGGAAUCUUUAACUGCAGGAAGCCUGGAAAUUACCAUUUCAGCUUUGAUGUUGAGCUUCACCACUGCAAGGUGAAGGUUGGGCUGAUGAAGAACCAAGCCCAAGUCAUGGAAAAGCGUCAGCUUUCCAAAGAAGAAUAUGAAAAUGUUUCUGGUGCCAUGAUUAUGCCGCUGAGACAGGGGGACAAGGUGUGGCUAGAAGCAGAUGUUGAAACAGAGGAACCAAAUCAAGCAGAAGUCAUUAUCUAUUUCUCAGGUUUUMUGAUUACCUCCUAAAACUCUGAGCCUUGUGUGAUUCUUCCACCUGAAAAGA